UACGAACCUCCAAAGUCCGGCUUCCUCUCCUAUUUGCCGGCCUCAUUUGUGCCGUAUGCUGAGCUGAUCCGAAUCGACAAGCCGGUAGGCACUUACUACUUGCUUUUCCCUUGCAUCUUCAGCACGCUUCUCGCUGCUCCGCUGGUAUCCCCCAUCACUGCUCCUUCCACAGUUUUGGCCACGUCUGCUCUCUUCGCCACCGGUGCAUUGGUCAUGCGCGGUGCAGGCUGCACUAUCAACGAUCUCUGGGAUCGGAACCUAGACCCAAAAGUUGCACGCACUCGACUGAGGCCUAUUGCGCGCGGUGCUGUGUCUCCAGAGGCAGCCAUUGUCUUUACUGGCUGUCAACUCCUGACUGGCCUGGCUGUGCUAUUGCAAUUUCCGUUUGAAUGCUUCUUCUACGCUACGCCCUCUUUGCUCCUAGUGUCGACAUAUCCUCUCGCAAAACGUGUUACCAACUAUCCUCAAGCCGUUCUAGGUCUCACCUUCUCCUGGGGCGCCAUCAUGGGCUUUCCUGCUUUAGGCGUCGAUCUCUUGUCGAACCAUGCGGCACUCACUGCCGCAGCUUGUCUGUACUCUUCCAACAUCGCAUGGACCAUUCUCUACGACAUGAUUUACGCGCAUCAAGAUAUUAAAGAUGACGCAAAGGCAGGCAUUAAAUCGAUUGCUCUCCGUCACGAGAAAAACACCAAGGCAGUGCUCAGCGGUCUGGCCGUCGUUCAUGCCACUCUACUGGCCGCUGCUGGAGCCGCCAUUGGAGCUGGUCCCAUCUUCUACAUUGGCACAUGUGGGGGUGCUCUGCUUACUACCGCAAACAUGAUCUGGAGGGUUCGUCUGAGCAGCGUCAAGAAUUGUUGGUGGUGGUUCAGGAGUGGAUGCUGGAUGACUGGUGGCGCCAUUACUCUCGGUCUCACAGGAGAGUAUCUCGCACACUAU